AUGUUAUCUUCAUUACUGCGUCCAGUGAAAGCUCGACGACGCGCUCAAGAGAUACAUUCCCCUUUCUCGACACUGAAUGUUGACCGAUCUUCACCAGCUGCGGCUACGAGAGAACGUUUACCUCGACAUGCAUCCGCAGAUUUUACGGAAACGGAAAUAGAAGAAGAUACAGAGGAGGAGAUUGCGCAACAAAACGAUGGGGAGGAUGAAGAUGAAGGAAGUAAUGAAGACGAAGUAGAAGAAGAAGAUGGUGAUGAAGAUCAGCCUCUCUUGCCUAUAUUUUCCGCGGCACAUCUUGAUGCGCUUCCAGUGUAUAAUCUCACACAUGCCAUUCGACUCAUCAUACUCCCGCGGACGGAAACCACAUUGACAUGGGAUCAAUUACGGUCACCACAAGUCUCACAGUUCUUAGUGAAGCCUAUGCAACAACAAAUUCGAAUUUCGCACUUUAAUCGAGCUACUUUAUAUGCGUUGAUGGCAAAUUGUUUACAAUUCAAAAAGGAGAGUCAAGCAAAUCCAGGUAACGCAGGGAAUAGCUUAACCAGAGCUUUAGUUUGCGAGCUUCUAGCUAUCAAAUUAUUGAAGGAAUACAACACUAGAGAGUUAAUCGAUGCUCUUUCCUAUGACUUCUUUCCAUUACAAGGAGUAGCAGAACCAAAUCCACCCAUAACAAACUGGAAUCAAAGAAAUCGUGCAAAACCAGUUGCUGCCAGGAUCUCGACUUUGGAGGUAGCUAUUAGGGCGUCUGCGAAACGAUUUUUGGCACACCCACUCGUAGUGCAACAACUAGAGGCUAUUUGGGCUGGAACAAUUGUAUUCCAUUCUGCGGCGGAUAAUCUCCAUCGUACAUCAAUAAACCGGACUGAACUUAAGAAACCAAGUCCAAGCAAUGGCACUGCGGUCCCAUUACUUACCCGUGAUCAUAUUCAAUAUGGGGCAACAAUCAGUCGCCCAAAACUUCAAAAUAAAGAACCAGAAUCCGAACAAGCGAUCCAGACCUUGACUAGGAGAACGGUCACAUUAUAUGACCCAAGAGAUGCAUCUCUAUUCAAGCUUUCGAGAUUGAGGGUACCAAGAUAUCGUCAAUUCUUCUCCACUUGCUCACUCGCUAUCCUUCUCGUUCUUUUUCUAGCUGUUCUCAGUCAAAGAUCAACAGACAUCACCGGUCUCGAAGUCAUAUUUUGGUUUUGGAGUGCAGGUUUCAUGCUUGAUGAGGUAGUUGGGUUCAAUGAACAAGGGUUCUCGUUAUAUAUUAUGAGUUUCUGGAAUGCUUUCGACUUGGGUAUUCUAGUUUUACUUACUGUUUACUAUUGCAUGCGGCUGUAUGGCAUUUUCUUGGUGGACUAUGGAAGAGAGGAGUGGAAUAGUAUGGCGUAUGAUGUUCUUGCAACUAAUGCAAUCCUACUAUUCCCUCGAUUAUUCAGUGUUCUGGACCAUUACCGAUAUUUCUCACAACUAUUGAUCGCAUUUAGAUUGAUGGCAAUUGAUCUUGUGGCGGUGUUUGUACUAAUUUUGAUAGCUUGUAGUGGUUUUUUUGUUGCAUUCACUCUAUCGUUUGGGAAAAGCGAAUACGAUGCAGCAGGAGUUGCCUACAAGAUCUUUCAGAUAUUGAUGGGAUUUACCCCUGCGGCAUGGGAAGCAUGGGAAACUUACAAUUUCCUAGGAAAGGCAUUACUUGUGCUGUUCCUCUUCAUUUGUCACUUCCUCGUUAUUACCAUUCUCAUUACGGUUUUAACAAACUCCUUCAUGUCAAUCGUCUCAAACGCAAACGAAGAACAUCAAUUCGUCUUUGCUGUCAACACAAUUUCUAUGGUUAAGAAUGAUGCCCUCUUCUCUUAUGUAGCACCUACGAACAUUCUUGCUUGGGUUCUUACACCAUUCAGAUUCUUUUUUCCCUUUAGGACAUUCAUCAAGAUGAAUCGUACUGUUAUUAAACUGACUCAUUUCCCUUUAUUGUUCAGUAUAUGCGUCUACGAAAAGAUUUUCUUGGCAAGAUCUGUCUUUGAACCUACGGAUUUGGUUGAGAAAGCUGGGCAACGAUCGAAGCGAACAAUAUCGUUCCAGGAUCGCAGGCAUGGACUCUUUAGUCCUAAUUUGAGGAGACAUGAAUCUUCCGUUGCUGGUUUUCAAAAAGACAGAGCUCUUGAUGAAGUAUUUAGGCUAACGCCGAGAGAUAAUCUUGGUAGAAAUCGUCCUAGUUUUGAUCGUCGACAAACUCAAACUGUCAUCAAUAACUGGAUGGAACGUCAAGAAGACGUUGCUAGUCCACCACAAGAACAAGAUCGUUCUAUAUUGGAAAGAUUAGAGAUGCGAAGGCAAUCUAGGCAAGCAAAUGCCAUGAGGCAUCGUGCACUCAGUCGUCAGCUUUCCGGAAAUAGAUCUGUGGCUAGUGACCCAGCAGAAUUCAUGUCUACAGGAUUUCAUGACAUGACUCGAAUUUCAGAUGAUGAAUUACAUCCAAAUGAGUUUGGUGGGGGUCAUACAGAUGCAGAUGGAGAUGAUGAAUUGUUGUCCAAUGAUGAAGACGAACAUACCGAGGAUAAGCAUACAGCGACGAAUUUCAGCCAAAGUGGUGCUGAAUCAGAAGAAGAGUAUUUUCAAACCCCAACUGCAACGAGAUUUAUCUCUCCCAUUGCGGCUUUCAAUCCCCAGCAAGAUAUCACUCAACAAAACAAUUCUCCCUCGAAGCAAUCCAAGUCUACACCAAAGAAGAAAGCUCAUGAUAGGAACUUAUCAACGACGACGAUUCUCUUCAACCCUCUUAUUCAAAAUUCUUCAUUCUCGUCCAAUUCUCCCCCUCGUUCACGGCCAUUAACAGCAAAAAUGUAUUCACAAGCCAAUACCGGAACCAAUACCCCAGCAGGCCAAUCAGGAUCUCGUACUCCAAGAACCGCCAACUUCACCAAUACAACUGUUCGACCACGUCCUAUUUUACCCAACCGUACAAAUUUUCAAUCUGUUCCAAUUAUCACUAAACCAGAUCCUGCACGCAAUCGCGUUUUGCGUCAUAAAGAAUCUAGUUUGAAUAUCAGUUUAUCGGAAAUGGGUCUUGAGCACGCACAACUUGGCGCAGUACCGAGUUCAUUUCAAACUCAAAUGGCUAUCGCUACAAAGAUGGCGAUGAAACGUGAUAAAAAAGAAGAAACUGCAGAUGGUAUGAUGGGAAGAUUGAUGCUGGCAAGAAUGAAGACUUUGGAGGAAGGGUUUGCUGAAGUUGUCAGAGAAUUUAGAGGAAUGCGUACAGCUGGAAAUUCUUCGGUCGAGAAUGAAACUUUGAUUGGAAAGCGGAAAGAAGGAAAGGGAGACAAGAAGAAGAAACGACCUGGCAGCGCCAAUCUUUCACAAACAAAAAGUGAAGUCAAUAUGGAAAAAUUCAGGAUGACAAGCUCGAAGGGAAAAGAAAAGGGAUACUUUGAUAAUGAUCAUGGUGGUCUUACUUCAACCAAUGGACUUGAUAUUGGAGGGGUUACUAGUCGAGGAACGAGUGAGUAUAGGACACCACAUGAAACGCCAGAAGCUGGUAUCAUAGCACAGUAUUUGACAAAGGGGAGUUCUUUGUGA